AUGGCGGCGGUAAUAUCAAACCUCUCGACAUCUCAUGCCGAGCUGCUCCAAGCAUGGCCUUCCAAUCCCUCACAACCUUCGAUCUCACUUCUUGGAAACCUUUCAAAAUGGUCGACCUGGCACUAUGUGGUGUCCUUUCUACUCGCCGUGGUGCUCUACGAUCAAGUCAUGUACAUCAAGCGAAAGGGCUCCAUUGCUGGACCACCAUUCAAGAUCCCACUUAUGGGACCGUUUUUACAAGCCUUAGACCCAAAGUUUGAGGGCUAUCUCGUGCAAUGGGCAAGCGGGCCUCUCAGUUGCGUGUCUGUUUUUCACAAAUUUGUUGUUCUUGCCUCAGACCGAGAUAUUGCCCACAAGGUAUUCAAGUCACCCUCAUACGCCGAACCAUGUAUAGUGCCGAUCGCAAAGGACAUCCUAGGCCACAAAGCAUGGGUCUUUCUGCAGGGUAGGGAUCACGCCGAAUACCGCAGAGGUCUGACACCUCUAUUCACGAAUAGAGCUAUGGCCACAUACCUCCCAGUUCAGGAGAGAGUGCUGGCCGACUACUUUGAAAAAUUCACUGCUGCCAGCCAGGCAAACCAGGGAAAGCCAAUGGAGUUCAUGACCAUGUUCCGUGAGAUAAACUGCGCCCUUUCCUGUCGCACAUUCUUCGGCGACUAUAUAUCCCAAGCCGCGGUCAAAAAGAUCGCCGAUGACUUCUAUCUAGCCACAGCGGCUCUCGAGUUGGUUAAUGUGCCUCUGUCGAUGUACGUCCCCUUCACCAAGCCAUGGCGCGGGAAGAAAACCGCGGAUGCUGUCCACGUCGAAUUUGCCAAAUGUGCCGCUGCAUGCAAAGCGAACAUGGCAACCGGCGCCGAGCCAAAGUGUAUCGUCGAUCACUGGGUGCUCCACAUGAUGGAAUCGCAGAGAUAUCGCGAAAGGAUCGCAGCAGGGGAGACCGAUGCAGAAAAGCCAACAAACAUGAUCCGCGAGUUCACCAACGAGGAGAUCGGAGAGACUUUGUUCACUUUCCUCUUCGCAUCCCAGGAUGCUUCCAGCAGUGCAACGACCUGGUUAUUCCAAAUCCUCGCACAGAGACCCGAUGUUCUCGAUAAAUUACGACAGGAAAACCUCGCGGCCCGUGGUGGGGAUAGGAACAAGACGUUCGAUCUCCCCAUGUUGGAAUCCCUCACCUAUACCAACGCGGUCAUCAAAGAGCUUCUGCGCCACCGACCACCCGUCAUUAUGGUACCGUAUCUUGCGACCAAGAACUUCCCGGUGACCCCAAACUACACUGUCCCAAAGGGUGCGAUGAUCAUUCCAUCUUGUUAUCCAGCUUUGCAUGAUCCGAAUGUCUAUCCUAAUCCCGAUACCUUUGAUCCUGAUCGGUGGAUCUCCGGAGAUGCGGAGUCUAAAACGAAAAAUUGGCUUGUGUUCGGCGCAGGACCUCACGAUUGCCUCGCAAGAAGAUAUGUGCCCCUUUCGAUGGCAGGCAUGAUUGGAAAAGCAGCACUGGAGCUCGAUUGGAAGCAUCAUGCUACGGAGAAGUCAGAGGAAAUUCGAGUGUUUGCUACACUAUUCCCAAUGGUCAGUAUCCUUGAAGACAAAUGCUUUUGCAAUGCCUUGUCGAACUCUUGGAAUUCUUUUCUAACACAUCAACUAGGAUGGAUGCCCGCUUGUGUUCACGAAACGUUCAUAGAGUGUUCGAGCUAUAAGAAGUUCGAGUCAAGUCGCGCGAACAGAUUUAUAACAUUUUGA